AUGUCUUUCACGCUCGAUGACUUGCUUGGACCGGCGAAGUCUGAUGGCUUCGAGAUGUUUGGGACUCGCACACCACAGCCAUCGACUUCGUUAGCAGCUGGUGCAGCUGACGACAUGUUUUCUGACUGGAAAGCGAGUGACAAACCUAGUAAAGCGGGGGAAAAUACAAAGAAACUAAUCAAUUUCAACAGCCUGGUGGACUUUGACCUUGAUAGCGGUUUUAGUAAGUUUGACAUUUCCAUGAGUGACCUCGAUUUCGCCGAUACGAAUUCAGACUCUCCAAAAGCUGAACCGGCAAAUACGAGGCCAAAGCUUGACCAAGGUCUUUCGCUCGCGUCAUCCAUGAAUGAUGAAGAGAAAGGCGAAUGUGAAACUGAGUUUGGAGAUUGCGAAACUUCUGGGUUACCUGAAAAUGAAAAACAUACGGAAGAGCCAACUCAAGAUGCUAAAGCGUUGAGUCAAGACAUUCCACAGCUAAAUGAAUCCGAGAUCCAAUGUCCGAGAGAAGUCAACAAUACUGACAACGAGCCAACUGCUCGAAACAGCCCAGGAAAGACUUCAAAUGUGUCUCCUAACCCAGCAAAGAGUCAGACGAGUCUAGACGUUCAGCAGGAUGAACCGCUGGAGCCCUUUGAGACUACAGAACCGCUGCAAUCUUCCAAGCCUGUUGAGCCGCUGGAGUCCUCUGAGUCUGAUGAACCGCUGGAGUCCCCUAAGCCUGCUGAACCCCUGGAGACUUCCAAGCCUGCUGAACGUUUGGAGUCUGCCAAGCCUGUUGGACCUCUAGCCAGCCCUGCUGAACCUCUGGAGUCUUCCAAGCCUGCUGAACUUCUGGAGUUCUCAAAACCUGCUGACCCACAGGCGACCAAGAAACCUGAACAACUAAUUGCCAAUUCUCAAGCACCAAAUGAUAAUCAUUCUGAAGUGUUGAUGGCAAGUAAAAGCAUGCUUGAACUCAAUAAGCCAUCUGCUGCAUCGGAUCCCGGCAAAAGAGGGAUAUCAAAGGCGUCGUUGACUCAGACAAGAAUGAGCAUGAAUUUAACUGGACAGUCAGCUCGAUUGGCUAACACGAGUGUCAAGCUACUUGGGGAAGUUCGAGCGGAAUCAGCAGUUCCAGCUGCUUCCAUGUUUAAAGCAAGAGGUCCACAGUCCACAUUGCCAACAGCGAGUUCUCUUGGACAGACACCUGGUGUUGGAAAGCCUAUGCCCGCCCGCAUCUCCUCCCUCACGAGCUUGAACAAAUCUACAAGCUUGCCGCUCAGUCGAAACGCUCCCAAAGAACCCAGCUCAAUGAGUCUGGGCCGUCAACCAGCGGGAAAGCAGAGAUCCAUCAGCAGCUCCAUCCAAGAAAAGAGUUCUGUGAAGCCACUUUCCCUUGCAUUGCGCGCCAGCAUCAAGCCUGGAGGAGAAUCAGCUAGACCUGCAAAUCAAACUUUGAAGGUAUCAACAAGCACCAACCGCCUAUUUUGCCAGGGAAAAACUACAACUGAGAAUGGAGCUGUGGGAAACAGGAUCAGCAGUUUGCGAAAGUUGCCUUCUAUUUCCAGCAAACCUACUGUGGCAACGUCAGUUCAGCCUCGGGUGGCUGACCUCCGAGUUGAUGAAGCCUCGCCAGGCACAUCAGCUAAGCCCUCAGCUUUGGAAUCACAGCUGAAUAACACAUUUGUUUUCGGGCAACAAUCUGCAUCUGCACUGGAUAACAGCACUUCGCUCAGCAAGGACGUGACGGAUGUAUCCAAGCCUGACGCACAAGAAAUUCUUCUUAUAGAACCAGCUGAAGAAAAGCAAGACAACGGUGACAUGACUUUAUCGUUUUCUGCUGCUGAAAUAGCGGCUAAGGGGCAAGAUGAUGUGCAGAACAUGGGGAUGGUGGUUAUGCAAGCUGGCAGCAGACAGCUAACGGAAAUCCAGAACAAAGGAAUUGGAGAGUUGAGCAAAGAGUUUGAAGGAGAGGCAACAGGAGUUGAUGAGCUUGAUCAGGUGUACAGGAUGCUGCAGCGGAAGCAUGAAGAAGCAAAAGAGCUACUUGUGAGGGUGAUGAUCAACCACAACCUGUUGCUGCGAAUGAAUGAGAAAUACAGCUACGAGAACAUAGAGAAGAAGAGGCAAGACAUUCUGAGCUUGAUUUCACGUGACACUGCCGAGGAAUAG